AUGAGUUCUGAAAUCAACAUUAGACAACUGUUAUAUUUUAAAUCCCAAGAUUCUAGCACUCCUUUUCAUACAUAACGAGUUGUCAAAACUACUUAACACAAAUUGAAUAGAUUCAGAUCGACAGGUUUGAGUGAUUUCAGACUUACAACCAUCCAUAGUCAAACACCUAUUGUGAAUAAUUUUAGAUAUGGUUUCAAUGUGGAUGAUCACUAGAAUCAGAACUCUCAAAUUCAUUUCUUGGAGAGUUGUAAUCAUCCUACACAACAUGUUAAUAGUUAUAUUGCUGAAAGUCGGAAGAAUAUUGCUUAAUUGAGAGACCAGGCCAAUUAAAUUAGAUUGGAGAUGUCUUCAAUCAAUUCAAGACAUGUGUAGGAUUUGAAAAACAUUGAAAUGAAUUUCAGAGAUAAUCUCAAUAAGAAGUAUCGACAGAUCAAGGAGGACAAUGUUCUCUUUAUGGAAGAGCAAUACAGAUUGACCAAAGAGUAUUUGUUGUUGAUGAAAGCUAAAAUGAAUAUGGAAAACAAGUAAUAAUAAUUAACAAAUCGGGUCGUUUAGUUAGAGAAAACUUUACAAGGAGUAACAUUAGAAUUAUAAUCAUGA